GCCGUAGCGGGCCAGGAGACGCCCGCAGGCCUGAGUGACCCUCGCAGCGGCGCCGUCCUCCUCCGCCUCUCGCAGCCAUGGACGUGUACCCCCCACACCGGCUGGGACUGCCCCGCGCACGGUCCCCCGGCGGCCCUGGCCGCGGGUCGCCCUCCGUCAGCUGCAGUCGACUCCGCCAGGUUCAGAGCAUCCUGACCCAGAGCAGCAAGUCUCAACCCGAUGGAAUCCUCUGCAUACUAGGAAUCGAUAGCAGGUACAAUGAAGGCUGCAGAGAGCUGGCAAAUUAUCUUCUGUUUGGUUUGUACAAUCAGAAUACCAGUGAUUUUGAGAAAACAGGGUUUUCUGAAGAGGUUCUAGAUGAUGUGAUUAUAUUGAUUAAAUCAGAUAGUGUCCAUCUGUACUGUAAUCCUAUAAAUUAUCGCUAUCUUUUACCCUAUGUGGCACAUUGGAGAAAUCUGCAUUUCCACUGCAUGACCGAAAAUGAGUAUGAAGAUGAGGAAGCUGCAGAAGAAUUUAAAAUUGCCAGUUUUGUGGACAUGGUUCGAGACUGUAGUAGAAUUGGCAUUCCUUACAGCUCCCAAGGUCACUUGCAGAUAUUUGAUAUGUUUGUAGUGGAGAAAUGGCCAAUUGUACAGGCCUUUGCACUUGAGGGCAUUGGAGGGGAUGGAUUUUUUACCAUGAAAUACGAGUUGCAGGAUGUGAGUUUGAAUCUAUGGAAUGUCUACAGCAAGAUGGAUCCUAUGUCUCUGGAGACUUUGCUUUCAGAAGAUUUGGUGGCUUUUGAACGUCAGUGGACUAGCUUCUUCGCCAGUUUUGACACAGAAAUUCCCUUCUUGCUGGAAUUGUCUGAAUCUCAGGCGGGUGAGCCAUUCAGAAGUUACUUUAGUCAUGGAAUGAUUUCCAGUCAUAUAACUGAAAAUAGCCCUAAUAGGCAGCCAUUUGUUCUCUUUGGUAAUCAUUCCACACGAGAGAACCUGAAUGCUGGCAACUUUAACUUCCCUUCUGAAGGGCACCUGGUACGCAGCACUGGUCCCAGCGGGAGCUUUGCCAAACACAUGGUAGUACAAUGUGUUUCACCAAAGGGACCCCUUGCUUGUUCAAGAACAUACUUUUUUGGAGCUACUCAUGUUCCUUACUUGGGAGAUGACAACAAGCUGCCCAAGAAAACUGAACAAAUUAGGCUUUUGUCACAGGUAUAUGCUGCUGUUAUUGAGGCUGUUUUGGCUGCCAUUGCAUGUUAUGCUAAAACUUCCAGUCUAACAAAGGCCAAGGAGGUAGCUGAGCAGACCUUUGGAUCUGGGUUAAAUUCCUUUGAGUUGAUGCAGUUUAAGGCAGCCCUACACUCCAAGAUGGCUUUUCAUAUACAUGCUGUGAAUAAUCAGGGAAGAAUUGUGCCUCUGGACAGUGAAGAUAGCUUAUACUUUGUGAAGACGGUAUCCAGAAAUAUCCAUGAAGACAUGUAUCCCCCUUUCCAGAUUUGUUCAGAACUCGAGCCCAAACCAAAGAAGGAGUGGAUGAACAUGUGGACACACUGGGAUGUGACACUGGUCAUGGUUAAGAAGGCUUGUUUGACCAUCUAUGACAUUCCUGACUUGCUGGGAGGAAGUGGGUGCUUAGGAUCUGUGGUCUUCUCAGAAUCAUUUUUGACAUCUCAGAUCUUGGUUAAAGAAAAGGAUGGCACUGUUACCACAGAAACCAGCUUCAUAAUCCUGACAGCUGCCAUACCCAGAUUCUGCUCCUGGCUGGUAGAAGAUAUUGAAGUAAAAUUUUCUGAGAAAACCCAGCAAUCGGUUAUGGGAGAUGAGUGUUUCCUGGGCACUUUUCUAACUAGAGGAGAAGGGGCGUAUCUUUAUUCUAGUAAUCAACAGUCUUGGCCUGAGGAAGAUAAAGUCAGCCACUCCAGCAGGCCAACCUCUCUCCUUCAUAAGACUUCUGCACCACAGAGCUGGAGGGGAGGGAAAGUACAUUUCUUCUCUGGUGGACUUCUGUUUUCUGACCGUCAUCACGGAAAUAUCAUCAUUUCCAAGGAUCACAUGAAUUCCGUUUUGUUUUAUGAUGGGGAUUCCACCAGUAUUGUUGCUGCCCUUCUGAUAGACUUCAAAAGUUCAUUGCUUCCCCAUCUUCCAGUUCAUUUCCGUGGAUCAAACAAUUUUCUGAUGAUUGCCCUUUUCCCCAAAUCCAAGAUAUACCAAACAUUUUACUCAGAGGUCUUCUCCCCUUGGCAACAGCAGGCUAACUCAGGGCUGUCUUUAAAAGUGAUCCAGGAAGAUGGAUUAUCUGUGGAACAAAAGAGAUUACACUCCAGUGCACAGAAGCUCUUCAGUGUCCUGAGCCAUUCUGCUGGGGAGAAACGGAGUCCUCUAAAGCUACUCUCAGCCAAACUCCCAGAGCUGGAUGGGUUUCUCCAGCAUUUUGCCGUCAGCAGCGUUAGUCGGGAACCCAUGAUGAGGACCCAUCUCCCUGUCCUGCUGCAGCAAGCUGAAAUCAACCCUACUCACACAGUAGAAAAUGACAAGGUAAUUAUCAGCAUUGUAACUGGCCUCCCAGGCUGUCAUGCUAGCGAGCUCUGUGCUUUUCUGGUCACUCUGCAUAAGGAAUACGGCAGGUGGAUGGUAUACCGUCAAGUCAUGGACAGCUCCGAAUGUUUUCACGCUGCCCACUUCCAGAGAUACCUUUCCAGUGCCCUGGAGGCCCAACAGAACUGCUCUGCCCGCCAGUCAGCCUACAUACGCAAGAAGACCAGACUACUGGUGGUGUUACAAGGCUACACAGAUGUUAUUGAUGUUGUCCAGGCCCUGCAGAUACAUCCAGAUUCAAAUGUCAAGUCCUCCUUCACCAUUGGUGCCAUCACAGUAUGUGUGGAGCCCCUGAGCUGCUACAUGGAGCACAGAUUUCUCUUUCCUAAAUGUCUCGACCAGUGUUCACAAGGCCUGGUGAGUAAUGUGGUGUUCACCAGUCACACCACAGAGCAGAGGCACCCUCUCCUCAUUCAGUUGCAGAGCCUCAUCAGAGCUGCCAAUCCUUCCGCAGCCUUCAUUCUUGCAGAAAAUGGGAUUGUCACCAGGAAUGAAGACAUUGAACUGAUUCUCUCAGAAAAUAGUUUUUCGAGUCCUCAGAUGCUACGAUCUCGAUAUCUAAUGUACCCUGGCUGGUAUGAAGGUAAAUUUGAUGUUGGAUCGGUCUUUCCAUUAAUGGUUCAGAUUUGUGUAUGGUUUGGUCGUCCCUUGGAGAAGACUCGCUUUGUGGCCAAGUGUAAAGCAAUUCAGUCCUCUAUCAAGCCAAGUCCCUUCUCUGGAAACAUCUACCACAUCCUGGGCAAAGUGAAGUUUUCAGACUCUGAGAGGACCAUGGAGGUCUGCCACAACACUCUGGCCAAUUCCUUGAGCAUCGUGCCAGUUUUGGAGGGACCCACGCCACCGCCUGACUCCAGAAGCACACCUCAAGGCAGCAGCGGGCAGCAGGAAUGCUACCUCGUGUUCAUAGGCUGCUCCCUGAAGGAAGAAAGUGUCAAGGACUGGCUGCGGCAGUCAGCUAAGCAGAAGCCUCAGAGGAAAGCCCUGAAGACCAGGGGGAUGCUGACCCAGCAGGAGAUCAGGAACAUCCAUGUGAAACGCCACCUGGACCCCCUACCUGCAGGUUACUUUUAUAAUGGCACCCAGUUUGUCAACUUCUUUGGUGACAAGACUGAUUUUCACCCACUCAUGGACCAGUUCAUGAAUGACUACGUAGAAGAAGCCAACCGGGAAAUCGAGAAGUAUAACCGCGAGCUGGAGCAGCAGGAGUAUCAUGACCUCUUUGAGCAGAAGCCCUAGAGGAAGAAGACCCUGGAGAUGGAUGUUUUAAAACGGGGUGUCUUAACCUCAGCUUUUCCAGAGGCCCCUCCCUAGAGGGGCUAUCUUUGUUCUCCUUGGCCUUUGUGUGCUGGCUUGAGUGCAUGUUGUCUUUAUUCUCUAUACAGCGCUGAAGAGCAUCACCUGCACCACUGAUUUGGCAGGGGAGGGGGGUCCUUAUGGAGGAUGAGCAGACAGGGGCUGCCCUUUGUGCGUAGCCGGCAGCCCAGGACCUCUGGGUCUCUGAUAACAGUAUUUUCUUUGGGCUGUUGCAGCAGUGUGUGAGGGUGGGAGGAGCAUUUGGAUUGCACAGAGUGGCUGCUGGGACAUAAAGAAUCCUGGCUGCCAAACUGUGGCCAUGCCUGGGGGCCCAGGCCACCACAGGCCUUGGGCCUCAGACACCACCCCAGGAGAGCCUUUCACCCCAGUGGAGUGCCUGCCUCCCUGUUUAGGCCCCUUCCACUGAAGGCUUGGGCCCUGCUGACCCUGUGCCCAGUUCUAGAGGGAACAGCACAAGCCCUGGCCAAUCCCAACCCACAGAGCCAACAGCUUGGGUGGAGAUCAGCAGCUUAUUCUAAAAUGAGGGAAUUUCCCUUACGGACUAAACAGAGGGGAAAGACUUGUUGCUUUCCAGAAGUAUGUGGCUUUUGAAUUGACACAACCAGCCCCCCUUGGGACUGGUUUUGAGCCUCCUCAUGUCAUCACUCUGGUUUACCUCAUUUGGGGACGAGAAAAACUGCUGCUCAGGUCUCCCUGGUGACGCUUUGCCUCACUGUUAAGGGCAGUGUCCUGCAACUGCGUAGUCUUACGCCCAGGGUUCUGGUCACUUAUGGGGCAUCUUCACUUGAAGGGGGUUCAGUCUCAGCACCCAUACCUCCCCUCAGUCUUGCCAGGGAAGGCCUGGUUUUCAGCCCAACCUUCAGGAAUCUCAUGUCUCCAAGCAUCGUUGCUAGUCUUGUAUUGUUUGGCUCUAGGGGACCAGGAAUUUCGGAGAAUUCCAAUAUCCAAGUUAGAAUUCCUUCUAGUAGCUUUGUUUUCAGCUGGACUAAAAAGCAGAGGGGAAUUUCAAGUGUAUCCCUUGCCUGACCUCCAGAAUUAGUGUGGGGAAGAGGAAGGUCGCAGGCACAGAUACUUAGGUGAUGUCUGUUAGGACUUCAGCGCCUCAGCUGCCUAGAUUGUAAAUGCUUUCUGAAUUUCACGUAUUUUUUUGCAUGCCUUAGGAAGGAGCACAUAGGCAAAACCAGCAAAGUUUCUAGUAAUGUAGAGGGGUUUUUGAGAAAGGAUCCUGGCGCAGAGGAGAGACAGAAAACCGAUGGAGCACAUGUAGUCUGUCACACAGAGUCCUGCAUACAAGUAGUAAAGCAGUUGUUAAGGGCUUGUUAGUAACGUGUACUUAUAUUAGAAAAAAAUUUUUCAUUUGAAGCCAAAUGAACAAUACUCCAAAUACCAUUUAAUAAGAACUCUUGCUUGAAGAAAGGCUUCUGAAAAGGCCCAUGUGCUCCAGUCUCAGCUCCCAAAGCUGCUGGUGACAAGGGCCCAGGUGUGGAGCCCCAUCUGGGAGCCCCUCACUUCUAGCUGGCCAGAGGCUGGGGUCCACAACGGGCCUGCCUCUGCUUCAGAAUCAGUAACAGAUGUUAAGUGCAAUUGAUGAAAUAAUAAUGAGUUACUGUAGCUUCCUUUAGCUCUACCGAGCUCUUUUUAAAAACUCAAGCAGCCUUAGAAAAGGGAGCCAGGG